AUGAAAAAUCUUUCAAAUGAAGUUAAACUUGAUAUUUUUAAAUAUCUAAAUUUUAACCAAUUAAAUGUUAUUCAACAAACAAAUAAAUCUUUUUGUGGAAUUGUUGACCGUUACAAAACAGAAUUGGCUAGGAAGGAGGUUUUUGCUUUGGAGAUUGAUUGGAAAUAUUAUGUUUGUAAACAAGUUAAAUGUCCAUCUAAAAGUUUACAUUUCCAAUUAAAUCCAGAUACUAAAGCAAAGUGGAAUGAUGCAUUAAAGCAACAAAUUCCUUUAUUUAUUAGUCAACCUAAAGAAAUUCAUCAACACAGAUUUGAUGAAGCUGUGAAUUUGUUUCUCUUUUUGGACAAGAUAUAUGAAAGCCCCGGUAGUUCAGACGGUAGAGCAUCUGAACGUGGUGAGCUGUUGAAUUUUCUGACAAUUUUUUAG